CUCAGACUCAAAGUCAGAGCCAGGUUCUGUAGACCCCGCUGUAGACCUGCUUGCAGGAGGCGAAGUUGGCGGCAUUGCGGCAUUCUUUCAGAAGGCAGAUAGCGUCCUUUUCGCAGCCCAUGUCUCACUGACAAAGUACUAAAGGACAAAGAGAAGCCUUGCAUUUGAAUUUGAGUUGAAGAGUUCAGAUUGAUUGACAGGAAGAAGAAUCGGGACAAAGUUUCGGUCGCGACGAAGGCUGGGGGAGCUGUACAAUCGGUAGCGGUCUGAGAGAAUUAGUCUUUGGAGAUAGCAAUGGCCCAAGUUGCAGCCCAUGCUGCGGCUGCAGAUCUUCAGAUCCUGAGUUGUACAAGGAAUAUUGCGGCACAGACUUCCAGCUCAGCAUCAGCGUUUGCUGGGCGCAGAAUACCAACAUGCACCAAAUUCAAUGUGUCAGAAGCACGGCGGGCACGACAAGGUGUUCACGUAUGUGCAGCAAAGAAGGACGACAAGCCGGAUGAGCAGAAGCAAGGCUUCUUGUCGGGCAUUGCAGAGGCUUUGGAUUUCGCAGCGGUGAGAUCUGAGAAGGAUAGAGACCUGAUUGAUGAUGCCAGGGCGCAAGUAAGGAGCGGGGAGCGGAUGUCUCGCGAGCAGUAUGGGGCCCUGAGGAGGAAGAUUGGAGGAACUUAUCGCGACUUCUUCAAGGACUCCGUGGACGUCAAAGGAGCGUAUGUUGAAGACGGGUGGGUGGAUAAGACGUGUUAUAUCUGCAAAAAGGAUACUUCAUCGAGCCCACGGCAGAAGGAUAGUUGGGGUAGGUACGCUCAUGUUGAAUGCGCAGCAAACAAGAAACAGGGAGGCUUCCUGAGCAAAUUGUUCGGAAAGUAGUCAAUAGCAACACAGACGGUCUCGAUUUCGCAAGAGUCCCCUAGAAUGGUAGGGAUAGAAGGUGUCCUAGAAGGUGUCCUACUCGUUUCAGAAUCUGCCGAAAGGUGCAUGCAGGAAUGGGUAGAUCGUUAUUAGAUUGAAGGAGACUAAUACAUUUCAUGGGUAAUCAGGUCUUUUAGGUACGUAGGCUUUAAUUCAAUGGAAAGAUCGUCGACGGUCCUCCAAGAAGUGUGCUAGGACGGUCGGAUCCAUAGCUGGCAGAUUCUUCCGAGUUGGUAAAUAGCCUGUACUUGAACAGCCGUUGAGCAAGUUGAUUUUGGCGCGCGCAGCUUUUG